UGGUUUGUGAUAAAAAAAAAAAGGGUUUGUUGGAGUUUGAGCACAAGAGAAUUACGAAACAACAAUCACAAUUCACAUUAAGAUUCACAUCUGACAGCAAAAUCUUGGUUGAUUCCAGAAAUGUCCAGCAUAGCCUCCUCACACCAUAGCUUCCUCACCAACGCCCUUAUUCCACUCACCCACAAGCCAAAGUUUAGGAGCACCACUGUUACUCUCCCUUCAGUUAAAACUGUUUGCCGCAGUUGCCCCUCACAUGACCAACAACCUCCAAGGAAGAAUGAGAACAAAUUGGCAAAGUUAGCAAUGGUUGCACUGGCCGCUGGGGUGUUAACACUAGGCUCAAUUCAUGAUGCUUCAGCUGCCAAAACUGGUGGUAGAAUUGGUGGCCAGGCCUUCAAAUCAUCAGCUCCCCGCUCCUCACCAAGAAUCAACAACAAUUCUAGGACCAACAUCUAUGUCAAUCCUCCGGUGGCGCCUCCGCUAGGUGGUUAUGGCUAUGGUUUUGGUGGGCCAUUCUAUGGUGGCUGGGGAUGGUCUCCAUUUUCUUUCUAUGCACCAGGUCCCAGUGUAGCAAUAGGCGUUGGAGGUGGAUUUGAAACUAUUCUUCUGUUUAUGUUUCUUGGUGCUGCUGCUGCAGUUUUGAGGAGGUUCUUAGGGUCAAGAGAUGAAGAUGAUGACUACUAGCAGUAUAAAAUGCUUUCUAAUACUUGGAGAGAGGGUGUUAAAUAGAUGUUUAUAGGAAUGGCAGAGUGAUGACCAUGGUGACCAAUUAAUUAUUUGAUGUAUUUUGAGACAUCAUACUUGAAAGCGAAGCAUUCAUGUGCUUUCUAAUCCACUGAUUUAGAUGCAUAGAGAUACAUCAUACUCAUUCAGGGGAAGUUUUUCACUCACACUAGUUUAAAAAAAUCAAGAAAAUAUCAGAUUUUGCCCAUUCAAAUCAUAGCCCUUUAACUUGAUUUUUUCAGACGUUCAAGAUUGAUGGCAAUAAGAAAUGAGAGAAAGCUAUGUCCAGAGAGUUACCAUUUAGAUUUGUUAUGUUAUUCUGCUAAUUCUUUAUCCACUAGGUCAUAUUGAUGCAAUAGAGUUAACGUAAAAAGCAUCUUCCCAACUCCCAUGACAGAAGGUAUGAAAAUUGCAUGUAUAGGACGAAAUGGCGAUUGAGGGUGCUAUAAGGAAUGUUUUCAUUUAAUUAAGCCUGCUAGCUUAAAAUCUUCUGAAUUGAAACUUAAGCAAAUCUAAUGAAGACUCCAUUGGAGAAUACAUGGGAUUUUGUGU